AUGUAUUUUAGACACUUAAUUAUACAUGCCCUUCUCGCGACUGUUCUGAUUGCUGCCUACGUGGGGACUUUCAAGCCUGGUAGUAGUCACUUUGAAAAACAUAAGAGAGACUCUUCCAUCGAUGGGAUCUACGAGGAAUUGGAUUUGAGAGACAAAAUAUUUGUCGACUCUCAUUUAAAGAAAUUGGUUGACUUCGAAGGCAAUAGAUGCGAGGCCUGCCACAAUAAGAUCAAGUAUGCUCAAAACCUAUUAAAGGACUUUCCAGAGCAAGACCAUUUGAUCUCGCUUACCCUAUACAAAUACUGCUUGGAGGAAAAUAAAGGGAAGGAUUCCAAAUGUGAGUCCACUGACUUCUUUUUGUUCACCUCCCAAAAGAAUUCGUUGAGAGAGUCUUCUUUUGAAUCGUCUCAUUUACAGGGCGCUUCUUCAAUCAAUUUUUUCUACAAUGAUUUCACUGAGAUGGUGAGACACUUCAAUGUGUCGUCCAAUCUUUCACUCAACUACUACUGUCAUUACAAAGGCAAGUACUGUGAAGCCCCAGAAACUCCAGAUUUAACAAGUAUUAUCAAUUUGGAAGCGUUGUGGCCGCCUAAAAAGCCUGAGCAUCAGAGAGAGCCAAACUAUAACUCGAACUUAGAUAAGUUCAAUGUUCUUCAUCUUUCUGACUUUCACAACCAAUUGAGAUUUGAAGUUGGUUCAGAAGCGAAUUGCUCGCAAGGCCUUUGUUGCUUACUGGAGUCUUUCAAUGAGGACAAGGUAUCAGGGGGUUACAAUUUUACCAAUGUAUUGGUUGAUGCGGGCGCCAAUCUUCAAAAUGCAAAACUAUCCUUCUAUCCAGAUGCAAAAUUCGAUGUCAAUGAUACUUACCUUGAAGGGCCAUACUAUGAUGUUCCGAGCUACAGAGGAUGGAGCUGGGCCUGGGAGCCCGCAUUUACUUUUGGAAACUACCAGUGUGACCCCCCUGAAGUCAUGUUAAAUCAUAGUUUGAAGCACAUCUCAUCCACUUUCGGUGACAAUAACUACGAGUUCUCUCUUUUCACUGGAGACAUUGUUGAUCAUGAUGUUGCUCACUGUGACGCAAACACUACGAGAUUGGCAGAAACUCGCUCGUAUCGUAUCAUGAAGCACUUUUUGCACGAUGUUGCGGUGUAUCCAACCUUAGGAAAUCACGACACUUUCCCCUACGGUCAAUUGGCUCCGCACAGCAUCAGUGAAGAUGAAUCUGUAAAUUGGAAUGAUGAGUUGGUAAGUGAGCUCUGGUAUUCGAACGGAUGGGUCAACAAAACCAUCGCUUCCUUUGCUCGUCAGCAUUAUUCAGCAUUUGCAACCACCACCAACAGAGGCCUCAAAAUUAUAUCAUUGAACUCGAACUGCUAUUACAAAAAGAACUUAUACGCUUUUAUCAAUAUGGAAACUGAGCCUGACCUCUUUGGUCAGUGGGACUUUCUUAUCAAUGAGUUGAUCGAAAGCGAGAAGAUUGGUCAACGGGUGUGGAUUCUUGCUCAUAUUCCAGCUGGAGAUCCUGAUGCAUUACCCAUUCAAUCCGAGAUCUUCGCUUCCAUUGUUGAGCGCUUCUCACCAUUCACUAUCGCUAGCAUUUUCUAUGGACACACCCACAGAGACCAGUUCAAAGUUCUCUAUAAAGAUCAAAAUCCUAUCAAUAUGGCAUGGAUUUCACAGGCAAUUACACCUUUGGGCCCGGCAAAUCCAUCGUGGAGAUUCUACGAGGUACAAGAUGAGCUGUUCAAUAUCCUCAACUCUUUUAAUUAUUAUUCGCAGUUGAACGCUACCUGGGCUAAUGGAGGUGCAGAGCCAGCAUGGCAAUACGAAUAUAACGCUAGAGAAGCUUAUGAUCCCAGCCGCCAGUGGCCGGAUGACGCUCCAUUGAAUGCGACAUUUUGGGACAAGUUUGUACUUCUGCACUUGAGAAAUGUUCUGGAUAUUGAUUUCAAUCAGAAGUAUACCAACUUGAUGUUCCGUGAAAACCCAUACAUUACAGAGUGUAAAAACGGGUCGAAGGUCUCGAGCAAGUGUUACGAAAAUAACUACUGUGAUGCCAUAGCCUUCAAGGUCGAUGACUACGAUAGAUGUGUUCAAGGAUUUGAGGGCUUUUGA